GGGCCUUUCGAUGCGGCAUCAAAGUUAGUAUAGUUAAGUGUGCAGCCCAAGUCUGCGACCGAAUAGCCCCUUUUCCAAGCACUUUCAGCACCACUGGUAGCGGAGGAAUCUCUCGCAGAGCCCACAAUGACGGUAUACGGAGGAGGAAUUCCUUCCCCAGUCCCUAGAUCCUGGGCUUUGGGUCGUGCACGUUCGGCUCAACGGUCGAUCUCCAUUGCUUUCUACCCAAUUGUGGUCCGUGUUUGGGCACGCAAAGCUUUUGGACUCCUGCGGGUAGACUGCAAUUAGGUACAUGGAGUUCAGAGCCUUGCGGAGAUAAAAGACUCCCAUCGCAAUUAUUUUGACGGCGACAUUCAGUACUCGCUAUCUGCAGAAACUCGAUCCUUUAGUCUGGUGUUGUUCAACUGACAUCGCGACAAAAUUCAACAGUAUUACAAUUUCAACGGCGAUGAGUGACACUGAGUCAAUCGAUGAUCUGGACAGAAUCGCGCUGCUGAAAGCCGAAUGCCUACAACAAGCUACGAACGUCACAGGCUUGAAAGGCAAGAAGCUUGAGGUCGUUCUACGGCGAUCUUCUGAGCACGAGGGCGAGUACUACUGUGCGCUCAGAGGCCGGAGUGAUGGCAAGUACUUGAAGCUUUCGAUGAACAAGGAAAGAACAUACCCCUCGCAUAUCGAAGCGCUUGAGGAGUACUUACGGUUUGUGAGGAAAAUGAGGAACGGGUGUAGUUUGUUCGGAUCAUCGCCAAAACCGAGUAGAACGAAAUCAGCCUGAAGGGGAACACUUCCGAUGUGAGGAUUUGGAAGCGGGUCAACGCAAAAGUCGCCGUAGCCUCAACAGUUGGGCCGGAAGAAAAUAGAGUCACGGCAGUAAGAGGACCGAUGUGAGGGCCUAGAAUGCAGACUCAACGGCCUCGGGAGCUGAACAGACGAUGAGGGAAUGUCGAUACUGUACACCUGUACCUGAAUUGGCCCUAGCCUCAGCGGACAGGGCUAAGGUGGAACGUCCCACGGCGAUCGAACGGAAAGAGGAACGUUGCGAUAACGUGUCUGUAGUGCAGACCCCAGAGCUCAACGAGUCGGAGAGAAGACAACGGGAUGGUGACACUGGACGUCUGUGCCUGGAUGCCGUGUGGUGUGGCACUUAAGUACACCCGACGGGCACUCAUCUUGCAAUUUUGCACCUACU